GUAUUUUAUUGUACGCCAAGCUACGUAUCCUUAGAACAUAAUCUUAUAUCAUGUCUAUUUUUGUGUUGUCUGGGUAACUUGCAUGCAGUGCCUUCGAAUUAUAACAUGCGGGUGCUUGGAGUGGGAGUUGGUGUCACCAUCCUUGUUGUGAUUUGGACAGCAGUUGCAGUGGCUGUUGUGGCCUGUUGGCGCAGACGCAUAGUAGCAGCAGCUGGGAUUACUUUAACAGCUUUAAUUGUCUCGACUAUAUUACUACUACUCCCCCAGCACCAAGCACCACUUCAGCCCAUUGAAAUCAAUUCGAUAUUAGUUGAUGAUCAUGUGGAUCUACUGCAUGCUUUCGAGGUUACAGCAGUGCCAGCUGUGCUUGGUAUCCAUAGAGGAAUUGUGACGGAAAAAUUUGUAGGAUUGGUUUCACAUAAACAAGUUAUGGACUUUGUAGAUAAACUGUUAGAUAGAACUCCACCAAAAUAAUUUGUUUUUUGUAAUAAAAGUUUAGAUUUUUUAUUUUUAAAGGAUUUAUCAUAGCUUAAGGUGACAUUAUAUAAUUUGAGGAUUUUUGGGUAGCUAAUAUUACCAAUGUAGUAAUUUUCCAAAGAAAACAAUUUUGGAAGCCUACCUUUUUGGUAAAAUAACACUGGUGUUAAGUGUGGCAGAUAAUUAUUAGAGUACUUUAGUUUUUGAGAAGUUAAAGUCAGUUACCGAAUGCUGGUGUUUAUUAACAGGUUAUUUGUAAGAGGAACUUUUAAAACUGUUUAUAAUAUGGUAAUUUACAUUUGACGUACAUCACAAAGAUAUGAUACAUUUGUAAUAAAUGGAAGAGUGCUUAAUGUCAUAGCUUGAUCGUUGUUGAUUCUGAAAUGAUCCUCUGCUUACUUUUACUUAGGAUCUUACAUAGUAAAUGCCAUCAAUUUGCUUGCAUGGACGCACAUUAUAUGCUGCAUUAAGCACAGAAUUAACAACUAAGGACAUUGAUUUUGUUUAUGUUCGGUGUUGUGUUAACAAAGUAUUUGUGUUCAUUCAUAUCUACACUGUAUCAAAUUGUAAUUUUACUUUUUGCUAUAAUGUCUUGUGCAGUAUUUCUCGGUUAUUGAAUAAAAAAAAACCUUGAGUUCUAUGUGGCAAGUACCCAUACUCAAUACAUCCCAAGCAUCAGUUGCUUCUUUGCUAUAAUGUUAUUAGAUGUGUCACUACACUCUCUUAAUCUCAUUGCAUCAUUUCACACCUCUGGAUAAGGUAAAUAUAAUGAUCCUAUUUUAGCAAUCUGUAAUAAGUAUAUGUGGUCAUAUGAAAGGAAUGGAAUUACAAAUUAUUUAUGUCAGUUGUGAUGGUGCCAAGUUUUAAAUGCUUUACCUCAUAACUGGCACUGAAAAAGAAGUACUGUAUUGUGUUGGAAGUAAAUUUGCCUUUUGGUCUCAUGUUAGCAAUGUAAAUAAAUUUUAGGCAAUUAUAGCACUUUCUUUAGGUACUUCCUGAAUUCUCAAGUGGUCUAGAUCUUCAUCUAUGCCCUACUAAAUUUUCAAGCCCUUCUUAUUGGUCUUUGCCCUGCCACUGUCAAAUAUGCUACUUUUCUUAAUAACUGCUUUUCUCUCAUUUUGUGACCAAGCCAUCUGGACACCACAUCUAUCAGCAACUUCAUUAUUUGUAGUAGUAUUGUGAUCUAAUCAUAUGUACAGUGAAUCUGACCGCUAAUAGUGUCACCUUUUCAAAUCUUCAUUUUCCUUGUUUGUCCCCAUGUCUUCACUGUGUAGAAUAGCACAGAUGUUCAAUAAUGGGGAUUUAUUUACCAGUAGUGUGAGUAUCUCUUUCCUCUUCAUUCAGACUUUGCUACUCUUUCAUUUUGCUGCCAGUCCCCAAUGCACAAUCCAUUAUGUUCCUGGCUUGAUCUUGAGUAUUUUGAGCAUUGAAAGCUCCUUACUGGGUGACAUCAUCAGUUAUAUCUGAUAAUUAGUAUUAAAUUCACCCCUACACCUCUUCUGGCAUCUUCAUAGCUUCUUUCCUUGGUCAUAUAUACUCUGCUUCCUUGCCAGUAUGCAGAUUUGCUUACAUUGAAUUUUUGUUUAUUCUCUUCAUUCCUCACUUUCAUCUUUCAGUGCCUCUUCCUCUCAUGCUUUUAUCUGCACAUAGAACUCUCAGCAGGCCUUUCUUUGUAGCUUCCUCCCAUGCCAUGAUAAUCAAUAAUGGACUCAUUGUUGAUCCAAGACAGAUACCAACAUUUUUCAAACAUUUUAUCAUGUGCUGUAUGUAUGUCAGCACUCUAAAUCAUAGAUUUCAGCUUGUCAAAUGUCGCCUCAAAAUGUACACAUAUACAGUACUUCAUAUGUCACUCCUGUUGUUGCCUCAUUUUAAAGACUGCCUCUAUUGAUUCCUCUGGCUUAAAGUGAAACUGACAAUUGGUAAUACGUUCAAUACUUUUGUAAUUACUCCAGCUUUCUUAUUGGUAUAUACUUUGUAUACUGUAUGUAUUCCUACUUACUUUGUAAUUAUUUAGUAACUUUCUUUCUGUAUCUUUUCCCCACCAUUUUCGUCCUAUCUCUUUCUGUAAUGUUUUUACAUUUCUAGUCAGGCAAUCAGUAAUGUCUUUGCUGCUUACUUUAAUAAUUCUUGAUUGUCUUAGAGCUUUCCCACCUUUCAUAUUCAUAGGGACUCUCCUAACUUCUUCCGACUUCAUAUUGUGCAUCACUCUGCUUCCAUGCCAAUUGCCUCCAGUUCAUCAUUUUCAUUCUUUUCCUUCAGAGUAGAGCAGUGUCUUUCAUUAUUUCUUUCUUUUUAUACUUAGUUUCAACAUUAUUGUAUUCAACAUUCACCCACUUUGCUAUCCUGAACAUUUUUUCUCCCCACUUUUCCUUUGCUAUCUGCUCUGACUGUUUGUCCUCUUUAUUCACCUUGAUUCUACCUCUUAUGUUUUUCAAAAUAUCCUUUCCUAGAAAUCGUAUCACACAUUUCUGUUGCCUUUUAAGCAAUUUUCAAUUAGGAGAAUUUAUGCCAUAAUCUGUUGACGAAUAAGUAUGCUUCUCGUUUUGCUAUGAAAAUUCUAUAUCUUUUAAGAACUUAUUUGUAACUUUUUCUCAUAUACGUUUUUUGUUUAUGAAUUCAAGAAUGAAUCAGUUACAUAUGUGUCCAGGUGGUUCUUGUUUUGUGAUUACAUUAAAAUAAGUUUGAAGUCAA